GCAACAACUUUCAAUUUCAACGAAUUGCACGAAAUUGUGUUUAAAAAACUGAAAUUAUGGCUGAUGCUGACAAUUUAGAUGCCUUGUCCAAUGCCGAGUUGCGGGCGCAGAUGCUGGCCCAAGGAUUGCCCAAUAUACCGGUGACAGACAGCAGCCGCAAAGUGUUGGUAAAACGUUUGCGUGCCUCACUUGGCGGCAAUUCUCCGCUGCCGUCAAGCCCAAAAAAAGCUUCGAGUCGCCGUGAAACGAUGCAGCCGGCAGCGACUGCUGCUGCUGCUGUCGCUGCUGCAGCUCCUGUGUCUGGCGAUAAGCGAGAUGGCGCCACAUCUUCCAAGGCACGCCGCACAAUUGCCGCCACGCCCAGCGACACCAAAGAGGCGGAACGUCGUCGCAAGCCGGAAACUGUUGCAGCUCUGCCACGGCUGCCAGAGGCGACUGUAGCCAAACCAGUUGCCGCGACUGCUGCAGUGUCUGCACCCAAGGCAGCUGCUCCCAUACAGACGCGUCGCGUGUCCAACACGGAGCAUCGCGAGCUGAUGAUUAAGAAGCCGGAAACAACAGUUGCUGAGAGGGCAACAACAACAACAGCAGCAGUGGCUAAACAACGCAGUCCGGAAAACGUGUUGGAAGUCAACUCCUUGAUCAUACUGGAGUCCGAUGAGGAAGAGGACGAGCAACUGGCUCGGGCUGUCCAGAACGCCGAGGAUCAAGCCAGGCAAACAGUCCACAACCAGUUUAUCAGUCAAUAUGCUGGCAAUCCACUGCAUCGCGCUACAGAGUCCAUUCAGGACUCGCAACGUCGUGCCCUGAUCUAUGAGACAUCCAGUCUUACCCGUGCUCCUCCAGCUAUUAGCCAGGUUCCUACACUUAGCCGUGCUCCUGCUGCUCGCACCCAACUGGGUGGCUACGACUAUUCCAGCGCCAGUCGCAGCGGUCGCUAUACCAGCUAUGUGAGCUCGCCAUCCACAGCCACAUCCUCGUCAAUUGGUGCCAACUAUCGCCGCUCUCCGCCGCGCACCUAUGCCAACGAGUUUAGCGAUGACACCGCCGAGGAUGAGGAGCCUGCUCCAUCGCAGGGCGUCAAAUUCGAGAGCGAUUUCGCUCGCAAAUUGGCGACUUUGCGCGCCGAGCGUAUUGGCGAUCGCAGUAGCCCCUUCAAUAGACGUUCCAUUACUCGCACUGGCACCGGUUCCGGCUCCGGCUCCGGCUAUGAGCCCGUUGCCCGUCGCUCGCUACGGCCGGAGGAUGUGCCCGUGUCUGUUGCUUUUAAUCGCUGGAUCCAGAGCCUUGAUCGAACCUACAAUCUCAAGUCCAAGCUGUUCAUAUUGUUUGUGCUCAUACUCUUAUACUUUGUUUAUAAGUACUUUAACUAAAGAACUUAUAAAUGCGGCUGUGCCAUAAAGCAAAACACAUCAACAUAAACAAUAGAUUAGAAAAUAAUACUCGAAUUUGUAAGCAAUUUGCUGUUAGUAUACAUACACACAUAUAUAAAUAGAUAUAGUAUUCUGUCUGUACUUUGUAACAACAACAACAACUGUAAGUCGUAUGUUUUAAAUUUGUAAUUCGGUUGUGUUAGUUUCACUUUGUUUCAAGUUCAAAUAAAGCGCAUUUGUAGCUAAACUA